AUGGCGCUCGCCCUCGCGCGCGUCGCCCGUGCGCUCGCCCGCGACGUCGCCCCCGUCGCGCGCGCGCGAUCGAUCGUCGAUGGAAUAUGUCUCGCGUCCUACGCCACGUCCGCGCGCGCGGUGGACGCGAUACAUCGCGUCGUGGAUGCGAAAACAUCAUCAUCAUCGACCGCGCCGCGACGCACGGGGGCGAUCGGGAUAAAGUGCGGGAUGACCGCCGAUUGGGACGCCCGAGGGUGCCGACACGCCCUCACCGUGGUCUGGCUCGACGGCGUGGAGGUGGUGCGACGGACGGGGCGGGACGGGGCGAACGGGUACGACGCGGUGCAAAUCGGGUACGGCGCGCGCAAGGCGAAAGGAGUGACGAAAGCCGAGCUCGGGCACUUCGUGCGACACGGGAGUGGGAUUAAACGAGGUUUGAAGGAGUUUCGCGUCUCGCGGUGCGGAACGCUGACGCCGGGGACGGUGAUCACGGCGGCGCACUUCGCGGCGGGGCAGUACGUGGACGUCGGCGGGACGACGAAAGGGAAAGGGUUUCAAGGACCGAUGAAACGGUGGGGGUUCGCGGGACAGCCCGCUACGCACGGGAACACGAAGAAACAUCGCGCGCACGGGUCGAUCGGGCAGUGUCAGGAUCCGGGGCGGGUGUUUAAGGGGAAAAAAAUGGCGGGACGCAUGGGCGGACGGCGGCGCACGGUGCAGAGCGCGUACGUGUGGAAGGUGGACACGGAGCGGAAUUUGUUAUACAUCAAGGGACAAAUUCCCGGAGGGGCGGGGACGGCGGUGACGAUCAGGGAUGCGCUGAGAAAGCCGCCGAAAUUGGGGGAACAAGUGCCGUUUCCCACGGCGGGGGACGACUACGAGCGCGGCGUCUUCGUCGCGCCGUUACUCGGGAAAGAUCCAUUCGGGAACGAUGAACCCGCGCGGCAACGCGCGUGA